GGCAACUUCCCGGGACAGGAAUUCGUUUGGGGCCGCGAGGGCGACAGCGCCCGGGACUAAGCGCGGGGAGGCAGCCAGAUCCAAGGAGCCACCCCAGCCUCCCUCCCUGGGGAAGAGGCGGCAUCUCUGUUGUUCCCUGAAACCCACCUGCAAACCUCGAUGUCCAGGCGCCAGACUCUUCCGGAGCCAGCAGCCAUAGCUGCAGGCAAGGCCACCCCUCCCGGGACCCUGGAGGACGCGCCCUUGCUGCUGGAGCUGCAGAAGCUGCCGGUAUUGGCUAAUACAGACUUGAGCGCCCCAAACCCCAACAUGCAGGUGACCAUCGAGGUAGUGGAGGACCCCCAGGCUGAGGUGGAGAUGGACCUGCUGGCCGAGCCCGGCAAUCGCUGGCCCCAGGGCGCUCCUAGGUGGCUGCCCACCAAAGAGUUCUUCUGGCCCCUCUUCUGGGGCUACCUGGAGGGUGAAGAGGGGGCCACUGGCCUCAAAGGUGGAGCCCUAGAGGACAAAGGGGAGAAGCAGCACAUUGUGGAACAUGGGGAGCCCGAGGACCAGGAGGGCAGUGAGGACAAGCAGGAGGAGGAGGAGCCGUGGUCCAGUGGGGCCACAGACGGCUGGGCCUGGGGCUGGCUGGACCCUGGGGACUGGGCCUUCGAGGAGCCAGACAGCUAUGACUAUGAGCCACAGGAGGAGUGGAGCCCCUGGUCUCCCUGCAGUGGGAGGUGCAGCAGUGGCAGCCAGCAGAGGACUCGGCCCUGUGGCUAUGCCUGCACUGCCACCGAGUCCCGAGUGUGCAGCCUGCCCCCGUGUCCUGGUGAGAUGAGCCCCAGCCCCUGCAUCAGAGUGCUUGGUGCUGAGCACGAGGACACCUUGGGCUUCCCCAGCGAGGGGUGGCAGCCCCUGGCCUACAAUGCUACGGACAUGCUUGGCGCAGAUGUGGACAGCUGUGAGAAGUGGCUGAACUGCAAGAGCGACUUCCUAGCCAAGUAUCUGAGCCAGGUGCUGCAGGACCUGCCCAGCUGCCCCUGUGCCUACCCGCUAGAGGCGGUGUCCAGGGCCGUGAGCCUGCAGGACGAGCUCCAGGGCCGCAGCUUCCGGUGGAGGGACGCCAGCGGCCCACACGAGCGCCUGGACGUGUACCAGCCCACAGCACGCUUCUGCCUGCGCUCGCUGCUGUCGGGCGAGAGCAGCACCCUGGCUGCCCAGCACUGCUGCUACGAUGAGGGCAGCCGGCUGCUGACCCGAGGCAAGGGUGCCGGUGCGCCUGACUUGGUCAGCACUGACUUCUCCCCAGAGCUGCACUUCAAAGUGGACACGCUGCCCUGGAUCCUGUGCAAAGGGGACUGGAGCCGCUACCAUGCGGUGCGGCCGCCCAACAAUGGCCGGGCCUGCGUGGACAACCCCCCUGAGGAGGAGUACUUGGCACAGUUGCGGGAGGCCAGGGAGUAUUAAGGAAGGCUGCUGAGUUGGAGAACCACACUUCUAAGCCCUUCUCCCCACCCUUGCCCAAACUCAACCAUGGGAGGUUGUCUGGUGCUGCAUGGCCCCUGCCUGUGACCUCCGGGCAGCUCAGGGCCCCGGGCAUUCCCCAGGUGUGUUGCUGGGGAGAGAGCGUUGAUGGGUGUACAGGGCCCAGGUCUAGGGGUGCGUUGGAAAUGUGUGUACACUCAUGUUUCUCGGGGUCUCCUCUCUUGCUGCCCAGCAAAGCUGCCACAGCCUGGGCUCUUUUGCCCUGGCUCUACACACAGAGGUGGCCAGGGCGGUCGAGGCACAUCCUGAUCACCAGGAUCUGCUUCGACUCUCUGACACCCAUCCUGGCUGAGCAGGGCAAUGAGGGGAACAAUGAGAAGAGUCACUCCUUUCAUCUGGCCCUACAGCUGCCCCUUGCCAAGUGACAUCAGCCCUGCGUGACCAUGCUUCCUUGACUGGGGAGGGCACAUGCUCCCCUCAUCCGCCGCUCCCCCCCAGCAGGAGGGGUGUCUUAGCUCCGGGCUGCCCCCUUCUGGAGGACACACAUUAGCCUGGGGCCAGAGUAGCCAGGCGGGUUGAGACACACUCCUGCAGGCAGUGGGUCACCCGAUUCUGGUCCUUCUUUGUUCAGCCCCUCGUGUUCAGCCCAGUGGUAGGGAUUUGCAGGACUUGGGGUGGGUUUAGGAAGGUGUCAUGUGCCUGCAGUGAUUGAAACCAGCGAUCCACCGGAGGGGCUGACUGGUACCAUUUGGGCAGUUUCUGUUGGAUCUGCCCCACCGUGCUGUCACCGAGCAUGCCUGGGCAGAGUUGAGAGGAAAACGCAUCUCUCUGAGCACAUCCUGCUCCUCCUACUGGCCUCCUGCCAUCACCCAAACCACACUUCCUUGCCUUGUAGGGGGCUGAAUUGUCAAAGCCCUACGUAUCCCUGUUCACAAAAGCCUCCAAAAAGGUAAGGGACUUCAGUCCUAGUCCAUAGACAGCUGCCCCGAAGCUCUCUCGGAUCCUCAGCAAUAAAGCACUUUAUUUUCCAA